AUGGCCUCCAGUGGCAAUGGGGGCAAAUAUUACGUAGAUGAUUCUCUGAAUAAGGAGGAAGAAGAUAAAGUUAGAUUGUACGGAUCUACAAGAGAAAGUAACCCAAUACAAAACAAAAAGCUCUCUGCUGUCGAAAAGGCAAAUGGAGACGAGAACAUUCAGGAAUUCCAUCUUGGAGAUGAAAGUGCAUUGAUUGGAGGAGAUGAGACAGAUGGUUUGUUUCCAGCCAAUCGACUGCAAUUCCCCAGCUCAUUGCACUCAUCGAAUGGCUCAUUUGCUGACUGUGCAAGUAUAUCUACCAAAACCUGGCCUGAUGAGAAAAGCUGGUUAAAACACCCAAAAGUGCGAGAGAAUUGGAGAGUUGUGUUGGCAUCUUUUCUCCUUGUGGUUGUUGGCAUAGCUUUAUUGAUAACAGGCACAGUAGUGCAGGUCGUGUCGGGAAACUUUCUCCACAGUUUUGUAGUUUUCCUUAUCGGCAUUAUCUGUAUUAUUCCUGGAGCAUAUCACCUCAUUUACAUAUACUGCGCUGUCAGAGGACGGCAGGGAUUCAGCUUCUAUAACCUGCCGGUCUUGAAAUGAAGCCCACUCGUCUCCUCGCUUAUCACCAUAAGCGUGUUACGGUUCCUUCACACAGUGCAGGUUCAACCACAGCAGUGCAUCGGCAGUCAAUGACAUCAGAUCUCCAACAGGCCUGGGACUUUAGGCCUUUAACAACUCGGAGCAGCCAGAAUCUUGUGUGAGAAAUUCGCCAGGAAUUUUCUUUAGGUCUUUAGCACGUAUGAUUGAAAAACUGGACAACCCAAGGAGUUUGAAUGUCUGUGGGACAAGCUGUUUAAAAGCACAUUCAUACCCUGACAUAUUGAUGGUGAUACCAAUGUUAUCAGUUUGAGGCUGAGACAUUUACUGUGCAUGUAGUUGAAACAGUUGUACUCCCACAAUGUUAGUUGGUAAUUGAUUCGAAGCUGACAAAGACAAGACUCAGUGGCAACCAUGUUUGUUUCGUUACUGAUAAAACAUUCUGAGGAAACAUAAAUUAAUUGAAUCCAUGUGAUAACUAAAGACAAUCUCCCGUAGUGCAAGAAGAAAAAAUGUGUUUCAAUACACGUCAGAUAUAACUAAAGAUAAUCUCCGUAGUCCAAAAAGAGAAAACCUGUUUCAAUACACAUGUCAGAUAUAACUGAAGACAGUGUCCCUUAGUGCAAGAAGAAAAAAAAAACAACGUGUUUUAAUACACUUCAGAUAAUUAUCUCUUGAUUUAAGCCAUGCUUUAAUAUUUAAACCUUGACCUAGUUUGGAGAAAUGGUUCAAAGACCAUUGGUAAGUUGAUUGUAAUUAGCAUGCACCUUGACAACACAAGUGAAAGGGAUAUGUUGCCAUGGUAAUUACAAAAGAUCUUUGCACUCCGGUAUUAAAGCUCACUCAUGUCAAGUUGUGCCUCUCCCAUCCUGAAAGUGUCAAAAGUCUGUUGCGGCGAGAAGCCAUUUCAAGCUUUUGGUUUAUACUAGACUUGCAUUGUUGUGUACAAACACAUCUAUGACUGUAUAUAUACAAGCUAUCACUUUAUGCCUGUACAUAGGUGUUGGAACUUUUGUUGAUAAAAAUAGGCAUCAGAUGUACGAUUCUUCCAAUAGCUGUAACUUUGUGACUGGAAUGUCUAAGAACUUGUAUAUUUAUUUAUUAUUGUUAUAUAUAAUAAUUUUCAUGUGUAUUUAAAUAGAACAUGCCUGGAUUGUGAUGAUAAAAACAAGGAAUUGUCCAGGAUAAUUCACCUGUUAUCUUCGGGCAUAUGAUUCCACUGAGAGCAUUUGUUGACAUUGAGUCUGCAUUAAAAUUUGAUUCUUGGGCUGUAAUAGAUUCUUUCCAUAGAAAUUCAAAUUUUACAAUGAUUUGUCUUCAGAAACCAACUCGUGAAGUGUUCGCAAUUUUAUCUCUUCCAUUCCAAAAAUAAGCUUUUAUGUCAUGUAUUAAACUUUUGACGAGUCAAAAUUGUCACUUAAUGGAAUUUUUGUAGCGCAAGUUGUUUCCCCUUGUGAAGACAUUUAGUUGACAUUAAUGGAUUGAGAAUGCCAAUGGCUAGACUGCCACAGUUUUAUGCAUUUUUAAUUUGGUAUCAUUUAUGCACCUAGAACUGGUCGGUUACAAGCUAUUGUCUUUCAUUAACCCACCGUAGCAUGUCAUUUUAAAGUACAAAUCUAUUGUAUAGAACAGUUGCACACCAAGUGAUGAAAUAGUAGUUCACAUCUGUUGUCAUAGAAAAGUUGCACAUCAAGUUAUGAAGUGGUACACAUUUUGUCUAUUGCUGUACACAUUUUAUUGCUAAAGAACAAUUUUACACCAAGUAAUGAAGUAGAGGUACACAUCUGUAUUGCUGUAGAACAGUUGCACAUGAAGUGAUGAAGUAGGGGUACACAUAGGACAGUUGGAAGUGAUGAAGUAACAUUACAAAGUUUGUUGCUCUGGGACAGUUGGAUGUCAAGUGAUGAAGUAGAGGUAGGCCUACGCAUCUGUUUAGAAAAGUUGCACAUCAGUUGUUGAAGUGGUAAUUGACAUCUGCUGCUUUAGAUCAUUUAGGCACACAAUCUUUUGGGUGGCGAUGUGUGAACAUUCACAUAAAACAGCAAAAUCAAUGAUUUAUUUUGAACAGUAUAAAUUUUAAAAGUUGCAGUAUGCUAGUGUCUUUUCGUUUGAUAUGAGCACUUGGUAAAAAUGGCACCAGUCCAGAAAUUGUGGUUUUUGGUUUUCUUUUCAAUGCACUGAAGUGCAAAAUAUAGUGCCUUGGUAUCAGUAUGUUAUUAUUACCAUUUUAAUGCAUUUUUUUCGUCCAUUUGUAAAAUUAGUAAACAUACUGCAAGUUUAAUUUUAUGAAACUUACAGAAAAUAAGCAUCGUGGGAAAAUUACAAGUCAACAUGUUGUGGCCAAAUGUGUAGGAAUGUAUAGGUAUGAAGAACUACAAGUAUAUGCUGUAUGAUACGACUGGAACCACUUUGCAAGGACUACUGGAUAUACUCUGAACUGAGUUCUGUUAAUUGUUCACUCACUAGGACUCACAAGGUGUGGGUUCAAACCCAAAUGUCGACAGGUACUACCCCUGCUCUCAUUGUUCAUGUGACUGUUGUAACAGUAGGCAACAGUUCAACGUUCAUCGAAGACCACUUGUCUUCUGCCAACAGGGAGUGAAUGGCUGUACAUUACACUUGGGAAAGUUUGCCAGUAACAUGCCAAAGGUUGGAGGUUUUAUACACUGGGCACUCUGCUUUCCUCUAACCUUGAAAGUGAUUGCCAUCGUGUGAGUGAAAAUUUUUUGACUAUAAUUUAAAAGAAAGUACAGUACAAUAAAGCAGUAGAAUAAAUAAACCACAUGAAGUUUGUUGAGAUUGUCCACUGUCUUUAAAUCAAAGUAGUUCCACAUAUAACUGGAAUUAAACAUUAUUUUAUUACUGUCAGUAGAGGUAUUUUUUGUCUUAGCAUUUCUCAUUGGAGAUUUUUUCUUUCACUUUCUUAUCUACAGAGUUUUUAUUGUAACUUAUUACAUGUCAUUCCAUAUUUU